AUGAAUUUGGUGGGAGCCUCAUCGUUCCUCCUCCUCUUCCUCCUCUUCCUCCUCCUCUUCCUCCUCAGGGCGGUGGGGAAGACCUGCCUGCUGAUCAGCUACACCACCAAUGCCUUCCCUGGUGAAUACAUCCCCACUGUCUUUGACAACUACUCUGCCAACGUGAUGGUGGAUGGGAAGCCGGUGAAUCUGGGCCUGUGGGACACAGCCGGGCAGGAGGACUACGAUAGGCUCAGACCACUGUCUUACCCACAGACGGUGCAUGGUCACUGUGGACAGCCCGGGGCUCCACCUCCCUCUGAGGAGUUGCACCAGCACCCACACAGGCCUCCCUCUCAACCCGCCAUGUUUCUGAUUCUCUCCCAGGAUGUGUUCUUGAUAUGCUUCUCCCUGGUCAGUCCGGCCUCCUUUGAGAACGUCCGAGCUAAGUGGUACCCUGAGGUCAGACACCACUGCCCAAACACGCCCAUCAUCCUGGUGGGAACCAAGCUGGAUCUGAGAGAUGACAAGGACACCAUCGAGAGGCUGCGGGACAAGAAGCUGUCCCCCAUCACCUACCCCCAGGGCCUGGCUAUGGCCAGAGAGAUCGUCCUGGAUCUGGUCCAUCAGAACCUGCAGCCUCUCUGA